CUGCUCUGAGGCUGGCUGAGCAGCUGAGAGGAGUGCGUCAGCAGUACAUUCACGUUCCCACUGAAGGACAAAGGGAGGGGGCAGAGCGAGCGUCUUAGCAGCCCGCAACACCAACACCGAGGGGGGGGAAUAGAGAAAAGCGAGAGAUUGAAGAAUAAACUAGAAGAGGAGAUGUGGAUUAGAAUGCUGCUCCUGCUGCUUGUGAGGCGGUGGGCUUCCUGAGCGCUCGCGUGCGUCCUCCUCCUCCUCCUCUUCAUCUUUCUCUCUCACACACACUCUAUCUUUUCCCGGCUCUUGAUCUGUCAGAGGUUCUCUCUCUCUCUCUCUCUCUCUCUCUGUUUCACUCUGGCUACUGCAGUAGUCAUCCAGCGAGCCGCAGGUCUGACGGUCAUGCACAUGGCUAACUGGCACAACUUACUACCUCAACCAUGGGAAAAAAACUAAUGAAUAAGCAACCAGAGGACCACUGCAGGAGACAGCCCAGGUGACAAACAUCGUGUGGAGGGAAGAAUACCUUUCUUUGUUUUUGGAUACAGACACGGAGCCCACUUUCACACACAUCCUCCCAGCAGCGUCGCUCUCUUUAUUUUCUCAUUGCAGAAGAGGACACGAGUGCUCUCUCUCUCUCACUCUCACUCUCUUCUGACUGCCUUUUGCGAAGCUCCAACAGUGCAGCGCAUCUUCUUCUCCACCCCCCACCCAGCGCCACCAUCUCUCCCACUAGCCCCCCCCUCACCCCAGGAGGAAUAGAUGGAUUACUGCUAACUGUGCACACGGCAGCCUGCAGCUGCUCUGACCAGGGCCAGUCCAACAUUGGGAGGAAGCAAAAGGAACACAGAGGAGGAGGAGGAGGAGGAGGAGAGGGGGGUGACUGUACCAGGAGUCCUUUAGCCUUUUUCUGUCUCUCAGUCUCUGUCACAACAGGGCUAAUCACCGACUGACUAGCCCCUGGCAAAGUCACAGUGAGGCAGGUCUCCACCGAACAGGCAACCAGUCGACAAGCCGACACAUGUAUCAGGAGCCGACCGGACUUGGGAUUUUUAUUUGUUACAGUUAGUCACUUCUCUUCUCCUCCUCUGUCGUGUUUCACUGCGUUAUGGAUCUUUGUGAUUUAUCCAGUGUGGAGCUGCAUGUCGGAGUCCGUUGCAUGGCAGGGGGGCAGUUAGAGGGAGCAGAAAGGAUCCCGGCACCCGCAAAGCAUUCAUGGCCUUACUUCUGCUUGUGAGUGCUUUUCAUGCUGCUUUCAGUCUUUAAUUCUAGGAGCCAUUUUGUACCCUUGGCUAAUACAGGUCCACCUCACUUUUUUUAGAGAGGAGAAGCUAAAAAAUAAACUUCAGUCUGAUGUCUGUCCAUGGAAGGAAAUUAUAAAUGAACAUGAUGAAUAACUGUUGCUUCUAAAAUCUGGACAAGAUGCCAAAAGGACUACUUCCAAACUAAUGAGUAUCUCCUCGCACUGUUGAUGGAACUUGGGAGCCUUGAGCUGCUCCAGCCAGGCUAGGGUGGUCUGUCCUCUGGUGUGUGCCGCCUCCCCCCACCAUGCAGAAUAAUGAGCCCUCCACACCAUGAGUCCUCUGGGCCAGGUUAGUGUGCAGCCUACCUGGAACGCAGCCCUGCUCGCCGUGCUCUCCCUUAUGGUGCCUGCUCUCAGUAUGGGCCAGUCCACAGGCCCUGCGUUGGGGUCGGCUAAUCCACAGAACUGCCCAGGUGUGUGCUCAUGCACUAACCAGCUGAGCAAGGUCGUAUGUACCCGCCGAGGCCUGGUUAGGGUUCCACCGAACAUCCCGGCCAAUACCAGGUACCUAAAUCUGAUGGAAAACAGCAUAGAAACUAUACAAGCAGACACCUUCAGGCACCUGCAUCACCUGGAGGUACUGCAGUUGGGCAGAAAUGCUAUCCGGCAGAUUGAGGUGGGUGCCUUCAAUGGCCUGACCAGCCUCAACACCCUUGAGCUGUUUGACAACAGGCUCACUGUCAUACCCAGUGGAGCUUUUGAGUACCUGUCAAAGUUGAGAGAGUUGUGGCUAAGAAACAAUCCCAUUGAGAGCAUCCCCUCUUAUGCAUUCAACCGUGUCCCUUCCCUCAUGAGACUGGACUUGGGAGAACUGAAGAAGUUGGAGUAUAUCUCUGAUGGGGCAUUUGAGGGACUUCAAAACCUCAAGUAUCUUAACUUGGGGAUGUGCAACCUGAGGGAAUUUCCUAAUCUUUUACCACUGGCAGGACUGGAGGAGCUAGAAAUAUCAGAGAAUGUUUUCCCCGAACUGAAGCCUGGGGCCUUUCGUGGGCUUAAAAAUCUACGUAAACUAUGGAUUAUGAACUCGGCUAUCACUACCAUUGAGAGGAAUGCCUUUGAUGACAUCACAGCCUUGGUGGAGCUGAAUUUAGCCCAUAAUAACUUGUCAUCCCUUCCCCAUAACCUCUUUACCCCUCUUCAGUAUCUGGUGGAACUCCACCUACACCACAACCCUUGGCGAUGCGAUUGUGAUGUAGUGUGGCUCUCCUGGUGGCUCAGAGAAUAUAUUCCCACAAAUUCCACAUGUUGCGGACGCUGCCACACCCCUGUCAACAUGAGGGGACGAUAUUUGGUAGAAGUUGAUCAGACCACCUUUCAGUGUUCAGCACCAUUCAUACUCGAUGCCCCCAGAGAUCUGAACAUCUCUGCAGCAAGGGUGGCAGAACUAAAGUGUCGUACAGCUGCGAUGAGCUCAGUCCGAUGGCUUCUACCCAAUGGCACCGUAUUGACCCAUGGCUCGGCUCACCCACGGAUAUCUGUCCUUAAUGAUGGUACACUCAACUUCUCCAACGUUCUGCCAUCAGACACAGGAAUCUACACCUGCAUGGUCAGCAACAUGGCGGGAAAUUCCAAUGCCUCGGCCUACCUAAACGUCAGCAAUGCUGAACUCAACACGUCCAAUCUAUCCUAUUUUACCACCGUGACAGUGGAGAUCUUGGGGCCCACGGUGGAGGAGACCCCUAAACCUAAGCCUACCAUCCCUGCCUCGCCAUCUGUCUUUCAGCCUGUCUUCAUCUCCACACCCACUGUGCUGUUCCAAAACCCUCAGACUCCAAAGCAGGUGUCAAUCCCCACUGCCAGAGUCCCUAGUGGGCCAGCCGCCAGCCUGGAUGAGGUGAUGAAAACCACCAAAAUCAUCAUUGGCUGUUUUGUCGCUGUUACCUUGCUGGCUGCGGUAAUGUUGAUAGCAUUCUAUAAGUUGCGUAAGCGGCAUCAACAGAGGAGCACUGUGGCAGCAGCCAGGACCAUAGAAAUCAUACAGAUGGAGGAAGAAGUUCCUCCUGUUCGCCCAACGACGUCUGGAUCUAGUGGCUCUGAUGACACACUGUUGGUACUGCCUACUUUAGUGGAACACAACAGAAACACCUUUAAGCCUGGAUAUGUGUCCUCCACGUCAUCCCGCCCAGGGAACUAUGGAGCCCAAUGGACCCAGAACAACUCCCUUCAUCGCUCAGUCAGACAGCAUCACAGCCACAUCAGCACCAUUGCUGAUCCCUACAUCAUUAAGACUACUCAUGGCAAGGAGAAGGUUCAAGAGACCCAAAUCUGAGCAUUGCUCCCUUUGGAUUUAUCUCUGACUCAGCCUAGACCCCUCUCUGCUCAUCAGUCCAUGCAAUAGAAUCCACAAAGAACAAAACGGUAACUUUCUUUUGUAAAACAGAGAGAGAUGUUUGUUUCUUGUACAUGCCUAUACAUACGUAUAUAAACAGAAAAGAACUACAAAUAUAUAUAUAUAUAUAAAUAGAUUUUGUUCAGGCAGUGGUGAAACAGAGAAUAUAUCAGAAAAGAAAGUCAUUUGAAAUAUUUUCUAAUAACUGGUGACUUCUAUUUAAAAAAAGACAAAUGUACUGAGUUGCUUUUGUGAUUCAUAACACAUGGUGGUUCGGUCUGCUGUAGGAAAAGAGGCAUUUAGUCUGUUUUUUGACCAUAUUUAGGAAGCAGUUAAACACUCUUUAUACAUAGGUACCAGUUUCUGAAUACAGCCCCAAAUGUAAGCUCCAGUUUUUACUGUGCCAAAUAUUAUAAUAUAUGCAAUAAAAUGGUAUUUCCAGACUUAGGUACACAAAAAGACACAACCGCAAAAUCUAGAUGGAUGGAGACAUUUGUCCAAGGAUAGCAGCGUAAUGGCACCGAUAGAAUGUGCUGUUCAGUAGCUAUCAGCCAAAUGCUUUUGGACUGCAGUGAAUUUCUGCAGCUUAGGUUUAACCCUCUGUUUGCUGGAGCUGAGCUGCAUUUAUUCCACAGUGCCAGGGCUUUUUAGAUGUAGUGUAUCUAAAGAUGGUUAUUUCUGUGUGCACAUGAUUCCUCACUGGUUUAACUGGUCAAGAGCAGGUUUAAUGACAGUUGUUACCUUACGGUAAUACUUUGUUCGGUUAUUGCAUUUUCAUUUAUUUUUUUCAUUUUUUGUUUUUGACAUGCUUCUUAAUGGCUUGUGUAGAGUUUAGGGCUAAUUUAAUAAUGCAUUAAAGCAGUUGCCGGACUUGUCUCUGCAAGGGCUCAUUGCGAUGCUCAUUUUUUCAAAGGAACAAACAUGCGAUGCAGUGAAAGAGAGCUUUGCUGACCAUUUUGCUUUCGGAAAAAGAAAACAAAGGAUUGAAGUGAAACAAAUGAAUGUCUGAUUCUGGGGCUUUUCCAUGGACUACACUGAAACAUGACUCUUUUUGUUUUCCUUUCAAACCGUUUAGCAACACUAUUUUUAUGGAGAGACAAAUUGAAGCUAUGAAAAAUAAAAAAAACUGGUUUGUAUUUCUCUAAUCAGAAACACUUUCAUCUGAUGUUUUUUCUUGUGUCUGAAUAUAUUUCCAUUUGUGUGUAAGUUGUUUAAUUGCAAAGCCUGGAAGCAGUAAUGUAAAUUGUAUCAUACCCCAAACCCCCAUCUUACAGUCCUAUGCAUUUACUUAGUGUUUGCAUGAAUGGGUCUUUAAGUAACUGGUGUACAAUGCUGCAUUAUACCCCACAGUGGGGCUCUAUGCAGGUCAGAUAGGCUGUUGGUCUUUGAUGCCUCAGCCUAGUUCCUAACAUUGAUAUCUCAGUGACUGUGAUGGGAAAAAAAUACAUGUAUCCCACAGUUCUA